CAGCGAUGACUUCAUCACUUCCGAACGAGCAUAUAAAGUUGUGCCUGUCGUCGUAUCUCGACAACAUCAACAACAACAACAAUCAUCUACUGCAUUCAACAAAGCUAUUUCUACCUCAAUCAACAUGCCUAUCCCCGUUCCCUCCGCCUCCAGCGUCCAUGACCUCUUCAGCCUGAAGGGCAAGGUCGUCGUUAUUACCGGCGCUUCCGGCCCUCGCGGCAUGGGCAUUGAAGCCGCGCGUGGCUGCGCCGAAAUGGGCGCCAACAUCGCCCUCACCUACUCUUCUCGUCCUCAGGGUGGUGAGAAGAACGCCGAAGAACUUCGCAACACCUACGGUGUCAAGGCCAAGGCCUACCAGUGCAACGUCGGCGACUGGAGCAGCGUCAAGAAGCUCGUGGACGACGUGCUGGCCGAGUUUGGCCAGAUUGACGCCUUCAUUGCCAACGCUGGCAAGACAGCCAGCAGUGGUAUCCUCGAUGGCUCCGUUGAGGACUGGGAAGAAGUCAUCCAGACGGAUCUGACGGGUACCUUCCACUGCGCCAAGGCGGUGGGUCCGCACUUCAAGCAGCGCGGAACCGGCAGCUUCAUCAUCACCUCCAGCAUGUCGGGUCACAUUGCCAACUUCCCCCAGGAGCAGACUUCGUACAACGUUGCCAAGGCAGGCUGCAUCCACAUGGCCCGGUCAUUGGCCAACGAGUGGAGGGACUUUGCCCGCGUGAACAGCAUCUCCCCGGGUUACAUCGACACGGGAUUGUCAGACUUUGUGGAGAAGAAGACUCAGGAUCUGUGGAUGUCGAUGAUUCCCAUGGGCCGGAACGGCGAUGCCAAGGAGCUGAAGGGUGCAUAUGUCUAUCUCGCCAGUGAUGCCAGCACAUACACGACGGGUGCCGAUUUGAUCAUUGACGGAGGAUACACCGUGCGGUAAAUUGACCGCGGUCGGAGAGAAAAAUAAUGUUUAUGACAUGUAUGUAAUGAAUAUGAAUGUUCAAUAGUCUCAAUU